GUAGGCAGUCAGACUGACGCGGUGACCAACGCAAUUACCAAAGCUUCCGCUUGCUUGGAGGGCUGCAGUGCCUUGAUGCCUGAGGCACUGUGGACGAUGUUGCUGCCGCCUGGGGUUUGUUCAACGUCACCUAAGCGACUACAUCGGGAUCGGCCAUUCCAACGACCUCUUGACCAACGUCUCCAUGCUGAAGGAACGUUGCCUUUAAAUUUUUCUUUCUUGGAGUCAUUCUGCUUGAGAUCACUUUGCGCCGCUGAACCCUGAUCAUCUUUGCUUUUAGUGCCUGGACCUAGACGGUCCUAUAUCUCGGCAUCAUGACGGCGGGACUCAAGACAAUUAUCGCACUCUCAUUCAUACUCGCCAUUGGCUUUCUCCUCGUCAUCCUCAGCUCGGCCCUUUGGCACAACUUCUUACCCUUGAUUGUCGUUGCGACUUACAUUAUCGCCCCUUUACCCAACUGGGUCUGCUCGCGAUGUGCGAAUCCGGAUGAUUUUAUGGACAGCUCAGGAAACGCUGCAGCUGAUUUUGGUCGUUUCUUGACGGGUUUCCUGGUACUGAUGGGCAUUGCGCUCCCAGCUGUGCUUGCGCAUAGCGGCGCAAUUCAGGUCCCGGCAAUGAUCAUGUCAAUCCUCGGCGGCCUCUUGAUUUACGGAACAAUUAUCAGCUUCUCAAUGUUCUUCAAGGAACAGGAGGAGUUUUGAGUCGCCAUGGGUAUCAGUUAGUAAGGCAGAGAUUACAUCGGUGCGCUUAAUCGCAAGCUGAUUUACCCAGGAUUUCGAAGGCUUCCUUAUUGGAUGGAGAGCCAUGGAUUCCAUUAUGAAAUACCUGUUUGCUUACACAUAUGCUGCGAGUCCUUAUGUGAGAUUUCCCGCAAAUUCCAGCCUUUGGUUUUAUUUUUAUUUUGUGCGAUGAUACGAUUGAUGUAUUAUAGCCGUUGUAAGGUUAUAUAGAGGAUUUUAGGAGAUCUUCGCACCUCACGGAGGACAUACCACGGGGGUCGUAAGCUAUAUAUCCAUCCAUUCAUGGAUGUACGUGGAUGUAUGUAAAUGCCAAUAAUACAUUACAUACCUAGCGCCCAGCAAGUGAUAUGUCACGUGAUACAAUGCCGCCUUUUCCAAACGCGUCAGUCAAUUUAAUGGUCCAGGAAACGCUUGUUGCUUGUGUUGACCAAAUUGUUUGGCCAUUAAGUAUAGUUAUAAGAUGU